CGCCUCGCCGGGGCCGCUCCGCUGCGCGCGGAGCCGCCGCGGGCCCUUUAAGGCCGAGAGGUGCGCGGUCUCUUUAAGGCAGGUCCUGGUGGUUUCUGUUUUCUGAAGGAAGUGACGGGGGGUGGGAUUGAAUGAAAAGUGCAAAACAGAGUCCGCGAGCGCUGGAGUCGGGGGCCCGGGCCGCGGCGCGGGGCGGGCUGGCGGGUUGAGCAGCGCGGUCUCCGCCGGGGGGCGCGCGGCGCGGCGCAGCGCAGCCCACGUGCGUCCGCGCCACGUAGCGAAAAUCUGCGCCCGGGCACCGCGAACCGGCCCCCAACUUCGGGCGAAGUUUGCCAGCGCCUCUCCCCGCCCCCACGCGGCACGCCGGGGCCGCGGAGGCCCGCGGCGGCCCCCGGGGAUGCGCGCCCCCGGCGAUCGCGGGGUCCCCACGGCGCGCCCCGCGCUGCAGCCGCUGCUGCUGCUGGUGCUGCUGCCGCUACUGUUGCCGCUGCUGGGGGCGCCGCGGGGCGUGGGGGCGGGCGCGCCGGCCGAGCUGCGGGUCCGCGUGCGGCUGCCCGACGGCCAGGUGACCGAGGAGAGCCUGCAAGCGGACAGCGACGCGGACAGCAUCAGCCUGGAGCUGCGCAAGCCAGACGGUACCCUCGUCUCCUUCACCGCCGACUUCAAGAAGGACGUGAAGAUCUUCCGGGCCCUGAUCCUGGGGGAGCUGGAGAAGGGGCAGAGUCAGUUCCAGGCGCUCUGCUUUGUCACCCGGCUGCAGCACAAUGAGAUCAUCCCCAGUGAGGCCAUGGCCAAGCUCCGGCAGAAAAACCCGCGGGCCGUGCGGCAGGCAGAGGAGGUGCGGGGCCUGGAGCAGCUGCACAUGGACGUCGCCGUCAACUUCAGCCAGGGGGGCCUGCUGAGCCCCCACCUCCACAACGUGUGCGCCGAGGCUGCGGACGCCAUCUACACCCGCCAGGAGGACGUGCGGUUCUGGCUGGAGCAAGGUGUGGACAGCUCCGUGUUCGAGCCUCUGCCCAAGCCCUCAGCGCAGGCGCAGCUGCCUCGCUGUGGGCAGCAGGGCGACCGGGGGAAGGCCUGCGUGUGCCGCUACGGCCUGAGCCUGGCCUGGUACCCCUGCAUGCUCAAGUACUGCCACGGCCGCGACCGGCCCGCGCCCUACAAGUGUGGCAUCCGCAGCUGCCGCAAGAGCUACAGCUUCGACUUCUACGUGGCCCAGAGGCAGCUGUGCCUCUGGGAUGAGGACCCCUAGCUGGGCUGGCGGGAGGGGUGGGCCCCGGCCGGGACGCUGGGCUGCCCUCCCCUCCCCUGCUGGCCUGGCCCCUGGCACCCCCAGCCCCAUCUCCCGCCACUGUGAAGGGCAGGGGGGUGGCGUCACGGGGCCACUUAGGAAGGCAGCCUCCCUGCUCCCAGCCUGUGCCUUGUUGGAGACAGAGCGGCGCCCGGGGGGGGGGGGGGGGGGAGUGUUGCCAAGCCUGCGCCCUUCCCUUCCUCUGUGUCCCCUGAAGUGCUCACCAAAAUGUGACAGCCGAGGAAUCUUCUAUGGAACUCUUCAAGGUUCAAAUUCUAAGGGGCGUGUCUUCCUGUUACGCCCCACCCUGCGCACUGCUGGGAAGGGUUGGCUGCCCCGCCUUCUCAUUGCUGGCCCCGGGCUGCCUGGGUGAGGUGGCAGGCAGAGACCACCCCCAACCCCACACCACCACCACCACCACCACCGACAGACCACGUGCCUUUCCCGGCCCCAGCCCAGCCCCAGCCCCGGACUUGGCCCCUAGAGCCGGCACCAGCUCUGUCCCCUCUACUCAGAGAUGUUUUUGUCAGGCUCUGGGGCGGGGAGGGAGUGUGAAGUAUGCAGAAAACUUGAAUUCCAGAUUUUUAAUGCAAAGUAUUUAUCAUUUGUACCAGAAAUAAAAGUUUUAAGUUUUUACUUGA